AUGGGUGCAUUUUUCAGGGAUUUCGAGGUUAGGUCCGCGGCCAUUGUGCGCAGGGGUGCGCAGGGGUCAGAGGUGAACGGAUGAAUAUGUACGUCCGUCGGUAAUUUGAUCCUCUGCUAUUUGUUUGAAAACUACCGUGUAUCGUUGCACGAUAAGAACGUGUAUGCUAAUUGAUAACGAGCGUCUGCCGUCGAGCCAAGGAUAAAUAUGUUGAACGUUUUUUUAUGCAUCUUCCAAAGAACGGUGUCUUUCUUUUUUUCCACCAAAACACCUCGCUGAACAAGUUUUUCGUCUCUGCGAAUAAAAGAAUUACGUAACCGUACCAGUUGUAUAUAGAUGAAUCUGUUCGUAUAAUACGUUUCAUCACGUGUACACACGUCUACACUUGCGCGUAGACAACUUAAGGACAUAGCAAAACGAAGAUAUAGUUCAACUGUCCUACUGUCGUAAAACAUCUUUCACGUUUUUCAGAGUAUAUCAUGUUUGAUUGCUUUGUUUGUCGAAUUAUUGGCUAAAAAUAAAAUCGCACUUAUUGUCACGGUGAUGCUCGUGUUAUCUGUAACGAAGCGCUACCGUUAUCAAGGAACCUUGAUGAUAUUAGCUCGGAAUUUCUACGAUUGUGUACACUGCUAAAUUGGGAGUUUAGCAUCAUGAGUGAUUCGUGAAAUUUGCACCUGAAUUGAUUUAAUACGAGAUAGAUUUCCUUUUUUUGGGUGUAAUUCACAUUCUUCUUCUUCUUCUUCUUGUUCUUUAAGCAAUACAUUCCAAGUCGACACGAUGAUUAAUUAGUAAAUUUUAUUUGCAGAAACUCGCUGUUUUCGCGGCGGACAUCCAGCAAAGAUGUUUCAGCGUGAGCGCGUUGAGUUUCGCCGCCACGAAGGUGGCAAUGUCGAAAUUCGACAAGAACAAUUACCUCCCGUACGACAAGUUGGAAGAGAAGCUUAGAACGGUGAAAAAAAGGCAAGUAUCAUUGAACCGGCCAUUGACACUCUCCGAGAAAGUUUUGUACUCCCAUCUCGAUGAACCGGAAAAGCAAGAAAUUGUCCGUGGAACCAGCUACCUCAGGUUGCGACCAGAUCGUGUGGCUAUGCAGGACGCGACUGCUCAGAUGGCCAUGUUGCAGUUUAUCAGCUCUGGACUGCCAAAAGUCGCCGUGCCUUCCACGAUUCACUGUGACCACUUGAUCGAGGCGCAGUUGGGCGGCGACAAAGACUUGAAGCGCGCGAAAGACAUCAACAAGGAGGUGUACAACUUCCUGAAGACAGCCGGCGCCAAGUACGGCGUCGGUUUCUGGAACCCAGGCUCCGGCAUCAUCCAUCAGAUCAUCCUCGAGAACUACGCUUUCCCAGGGCUGUUGAUGAUCGGCACUGACUCUCACACGCCCAACGGCGGUGGUUUGGGCUGUCUCUGCAUCGGCGUGGGUGGUGCCGACGCCGUCGACGUGAUGGCCAACAUACCGUGGGAGUUGAAGUGUCCGAAAGUGAUCGGCGUGAAGCUGACUGGAACGUUGAAAGGCUGGACCAGCCCCAAGGACGUGAUCCUGAAAGUGGCUGGUAUCCUGACGGUGAAGGGAGGAACCGGAGCGAUCGUCGAGUAUUUCGGCCCCGGCGUCGACAGCAUCAGCUGCACCGGAAUGGCCACUAUUUGCAACAUGGGCGCGGAGAUCGGCGCCACUACCUCGUUAUUCCCCUACAAUUACCGUAUGCAGGAUUACCUGAGAGCCACUGGAAGAAGCGAGAUCGCCAAUGCCGCGGAUCAGCACAGGAAAAGCCUGUUGACUGCCGACGCUAACGCUAAAUACGACCAGAUCAUCGAACUGGACCUAUCCACCUUGGAACCGCACGUCAACGGGCCGUUCACGCCCGAUCUCGCUUCUCCUAUCUCCAAAUUGGGCGAAAACGCCAAGAAGAACGGCUGGCCGAACGAGAUCAAGGUCGGUCUGAUCGGUUCUUGCACGAACAGCUCUUACGAAGACAUGGGCCGAUGUGCGAACAUCGCGAAACAGGCUCUCGACCAAGGACUGAAGGCGAAAUCCGCGUUCAACGUCACGCCAGGAUCCGAGCAGAUCCGUGCCACCAUCGAACGCGACGGGAUUGCGGAGAUUCUUCGAAACUUCGGUGGCACCGUGCUGGCCAAUGCUUGCGGACCUUGCAUUGGUCAAUGGGAUCGUCAAGACAUCAAGAAAGGAGACAAGAACACGAUCGUCACCUCGUACAACCGUAACUUCACGGGCAGAAACGACGCCAACCCCGCGACACACGCUUUCGUCACCAGCCCCGAACUCGUCACUGCCCUCUCGAUCGCCGGUCGACUGGACUUCAAUCCUGUUACCGACAAGCUCAAGGGCAAGAAUGGAAAGGAAUUUCUGCUGAAAGAUCCGUACGGCGACGAGCUUCCCAACCGCGGCUUCGAUCCUGGCCAGGACACGUACGACGCUCCACCGUCUGACGGUAGCGGCGUCAAGGUCGACGUAAGUCCGAAGAGCGAGAGACUGCAACUACUGGAACCAUUCGACAAAUGGAACGGCAACGACCUCACCGACUUGACCAUCUUGAUCAAGGUUAAAGGGAAAUGUACCACCGAUCACAUCUCGGCCGCUGGACCGUGGCUCAAAUAUCGCGGCCAUUUGGACAACAUCUCCAACAACAUGUUCAUCGGAGCUGUGAACUCCGAAAACAGCGAGAUGAACAACGUGAAGAAUCAACUGACCGGCGAGUGGGGCAAAGUGCCGGACGUGGCCAGACAUUACAAGAAGAACGGCGUGAAAUGGGUAGCCGUUGGCGACGAAAACUACGGAGAGGGCUCGUCCCGGGAGCACGCAGCCCUCGAGCCGAGACAUCUCGGCGGCCGUGCCAUCAUCGUCAAGAGUUUCGCCCGUAUCCACGAGACCAACCUGAAGAAACAAGGACUCUUGCCUCUGACUUUCGCCAAUCCUAGCGACUACGACAAGAUCCAACCUACCGACAAGAUCAGCCUCCUGGAAUUGAACACUCUGGCGCCUGGCAAGCCGGUGAAAGCAGAGAUCAAGCACAAGGACGGUAAAGUGGAUGCCAUCAGCCUGAACCACACGUUGAACGAUCAGCAAAUAUCCUGGUUCAAGGCGGGCUCGGCUCUGAAUCGCAUGAAGGAGAUCUCCGGUGGACACUAG